UAUAUCGGAUUCUCCAUAGGUGCGUUCCACUUAACGCUCGCGGGCAUCAUUGUAUCCUCGUUGAAUGUUAAACAAACGUUAAGUGGAACUGCAUCAUCCAACGAAGGAGAGGCGAAUAUAUUUGAAAGAAGUGAGCACAUACAACAAUAUUGGCGAAAAUGUCGAUUGGCGUACCCAUCAAAGUACUUCACGAGGCCGAGGGUCACAUUAUAACCUGCGAGACGAACACCGGCGAGGUGUAUCGCGGCAAACUGAUCGAGGCUGAGGACAACAUGAACUGUCAGAUGCAAAACAUAACGGUAACUUAUCGGGACGGCCGAGCUGCUCAACUGGAGAACGUGUACAUACGCGGCUCGAAAAUACGAUUUCUCAUAUUGCCGGACAUGUUGAAGAACGCGCCUAUGUUCAAACGACCGGGUGGUAAAGGCUCCGGCACUGCUGGCAGAGGAAAGUCCGCUAUAUUGCGUGCUCAAGCUCGUGGCAGAGGAAGAGGACAGAAUCAAAGAGGCAAAGGCACUGGCUCAGCACCGUGGCUUAAUCAACAAGGUCAACCUGGUGGGUCUCAGGCUGGAAGAGGCAGAAAUUGAGCUUAAUAAUCAUAAAAUGUACAUAUAUUUCUAACAUUAAAUACAAUUGCAAUUUUAUUUAAACGUUUAAAACUAGCUGUAAAAUAUAUUUUAAUAUGCACAGAAACGACCAAUUGUAUCACCGACACAGAGUAGCUGUUUAUGUGGUUAUUGUUUUAUCCAUCAGUAAGUUUCUGUACUUGCUAACGUAUAUAAUAAGACUCUAAAUUAUGAUAAAAGU